CACCGAUGUGCCAACAGUACCAGGCGUGCGUGGGCAGCAUCAUGUUCCCGCCCCAGAACCGGCUCGCCGCCAGUUCCGGUGCGGGGUCCGCUUCCGGUGCGGGGCCGCCGUCCUGCCCGGCACUGGCCCCUCAAUCAGUCGCCAACCACGCCGGCAGCAGCAGCGGCCCCGGCUGCAGGCCCAAGGAGGAGGUGCUGCUGCACGCCAAGGACUUCCUGGACCAGUACUUCACCUCCAUCCGCAGGCACAACAGCCCGGCGCACGCGGCCCGCUGGGAGCAGGUGCAGAAGGAGGUGGCAGCCAGUGGCACGUACCAGCUCACCGAGACCGAGCUCGUGUACGGCGCCAAGACGGCCUGGCGGAACUCCGCGCGCUGCAUCGGCCGCAUCCAGUGGUCCAAGCUGCAGGUGUUCGACUGCAGGUCGGUGACCACCACCACUGGCAUGUUCGAGGCCCUCUGCAACCACAUCAAGUACAGCACCAACAAAGGCAACAUUCGCUCCGCGCUGACGCUGUUUCCCCAGCGGACGGACGGCAAGCACGACUUCCGGGUCUGGAACUCGCAGCUCAUCUCGUACGCCGGAUACAAGAACGCGGACGGCAGCAUCACGGGGGACCCCAUGAACGUCGAGUUCACUGAGGUGUGCAUCAAGCUGGGCUGGAAGCCGAAGAUGUCCCGCUUCGACAUCUUGCCCCUGGUGCUGUCCGCCAACGGCCACGACCCGGAUUACUUCGACCUGCCCCUGGACCUUGUCAUGGAGGUGGAGCUGUCGCACCCCACUUCAUUUUUUAAGAGUGUUGUGCUUCUCCCGCAGACCGUGGCCAUCAAGAUGGGCCUGGACACGCGGACGCCGGUGACGCUGUGGAAGGACCGCGCCAUGGUGGAGACGAACGUGGCCGUGCUGCACAGCUUCCAGAGUCGCAACGUGACGAUCGUGGACCACCACACGGCGGCCGAGAGCUUCAUGAAGCACUACGAGAACGAGAACCGGCUGCGCAACGGCUGCCCCGCGGACUGGGUGUGGAUCGUGCCGCCCUUGUCGGGCUCGGCCACGCCCGUCUUCCACCAGGAGAUGGCGCUGUACGCCCUCAAGCCCUCCUACGAGUACCAGGAGCCGGCCUGGAGAAGCCACGUGUGGAAGAAGGGCCGAGACACGUGCAAGAACAGCAAGAAGCCGCGGCGGAAGUUCCACUUCAAACAGAUUGCCAGGGCGGUCAAGUUCACCUCCAAGCUGUUCGGCCGGGCGCUGUCGCGGCGCAUCAAGGCCACCGUGCUGUACGCCACGGAGACGGGCAAGUCGGAGGCGUACGCCAAGAAGCUGGGCGACAUCUUCGGGCACGCCUUCAACGCGCAGGUGUACUGCAUGGACGAGUACGACAUGAGCAGCAUCGAGCACGAGGCGCUGCUGCUCGUCGUCACCUCCACCUUCGGCAACGGGGACCCGCCCGAGAACGGCCAGUCUAGACAUGGCCAGUACGAAUCAGGGGUUUGUGAUUUGCAUGGCCUAGUGGACGCGGUGUCCGACCAAAGCAGGCUCGCUCUGACUGUGCCGCCCUCACUGUGCAGGUUCGCCGUGUUCUCCCUGGGCUCCUCGGCCUACCCCAACUUCUGCGCGUUCGGCCAGUAUGUGGACAACCUGCUGGGCGAGCUGGGCGGCGAGCGCCUCCUCAAGAUGGAGUGCGGCGACGAGAUGUGCGGCCAGGAGCAGGCCUUCCGGAAGUGGGCGCCCGAAGUCUUCAGCGUGGCCUGCGAGACGUUCUGCCUGGACGACGACGACUCCUUCCUGGAGGCCACCAUGGCCUUCAAGUCCGAGAGCAUCUCGCCGUCCAGCAUCCGGUUCGUCGACGCCGAGCCGCAGGACUUGGAUCAGGCACUGUCCCGCUGCCACAACCGGCGCGUGCGCGCGUGCCCGCUGAAGCGGCGCAGCAACCUGCACGGCAGCAACGCGUCCCGCGCGACGCUGCAGCUGGAGCUGGAGGCGCCGGGGAUGGAGUACCAGCCGGGCGACCACGUGGGGGUCUUCGCCAUCAACAGGCCGGACCUGGUGGACGGCAUCAUCGCGCACCUGCAGCAGCCGUGCGACCCGGACAAGGUGGUGGAGCUGCAGCUGGAGAAGGAGAGCCACACGUCCAACGGCGUGGUCAAGUCGUGGGAGCCGCACCCGCGCCUGCCGCGCGUGUCGCUGCGGACGCUGCUGUCGCGGUUCCUGGACGUCACGACGCCGCCGACGCCGCAGCUGCUGCAGUGGCUGGCCACGCAGGCCUCGGACACGGACGAGCAGCGCGCGCUCACGCUGCUGGCCACCGAGUCGGCCGCGUACGAGGACUGGCGGCACUGGCGCUUCCCCCACCUCCUCGAGGUGCUGGAGGAGUUCCCGUCGGUGCGGCCGCCCGCCGCGCUGCUCGUGGCGCAGCUCACCACGCUGCAGCCCCGCUUCUACUCCAUCUCGUCCAGCCCGCUGGUGCAGCGCGACCAGGUGCACCUCACCGUCGCCGUGGUCACGUACCGCACCCAGGACGGCGACGGCCCCGAGCACUUCGGCGUCUGCUCCACGUACCUGCAGCGCGCCACCGUCGGCGACGACGUGUACCUGUUCGUGCGGAGCGCCCCCAGCUUCCACCUGCCGGCGGACACGAGCCGGCCCAUCAUCAUGGUGGGCCCGGGCACCGGGGUGGCGCCCUUCCGGGGCUUCUGGCACCACCGCAAAGCCCAGCUCACCGCCACUGAUCACGCCGCGGACCUGAACCCCACCGUGGGCUCCAUGUGGCUCUUCUUCGGGUGCCGCCAGCGCGCCCUGGACCUCUACAAGGACGAGAAGGCCGGCAUGCUCAAGGACGGCGUGCUGAACCAGGUGUUCCUGGCGCUGUCCAGGGAGCCGAGCAUCCCCAAGCGUUACGUGCAGUCUUACAAUUCGCACGGGGGCCCGUGGGAAAAAACCCCGGGAAGGCCUUUGGUUUUGCCCCAGGAGGGCCCGGCCAACCCCCUUUUCCCCUUUGUGUGCGGCGACUGCACCAUGGCGGAGCACGUCUACCAGACGCUCAAGGGCAUCAUCCAGGAGCGGGGCGCCAUGACGGACGCGCAGGUGGAGCGCUACAUGCUCAAGCUGAGGGACGAGAACCGCUACCACGAGGACAUCUUCGGCAUCACGCUGAGGACGGCCGAGGUGCACAACAGGUCGCGCGAGUCAGCCAGGAACCGCAUGGCCUCGCAGUCCCAAUAGAAGUUGCGUGUCCGCUCGGCGGGGGAGGCGGGCGAGCUCCGGGACGACGAGCACGACCAAGAGGACGCCCCCCUCCGCGGCAGGGCCGGCAGGACCGCCGCCGCCGGCGGACACCACGCACUCCACGGCAGCCAGAGGCAACGCCUCAACACGGACUAGCCGGCAGUUUGGAGCCACGACGACUCCCAAGUAGAACAGCAAGUCGAAUCGAAGACCAGAUGAAGUCAAAGGAUGUCAUUUGGAUGUCAAAAUGACAUCCUUGGACCUCAUUAUGGCCUCACUUUGACGCUGCUGUGAUUUAAAACCGACAUCCUUAGACCUCAUUAUGUCCUGACUUUGUCCUGCUUGUUCUCUUUGGGCAUUGUCGGAAUUAGUUCAAUCUUUGGAAAUUCAUUUGGAGCACUGGGUCUUCACUCAUGCAACAAAUGCCAUAAUUUUGAAUACCUGACAAUUUAGGAAUCUGGAGUUUUCAAUUUACGAAGUCUAUCUUUUUUUUAUGUAUACAACAAUUGGCUUUGUAGCUGAGUUUAUUUUUAUUUUGUGUGCGUUUCAAGAGGGCUGGAUUGCCUGAGACUCUAAUUUCUUAAUCAUAUUUAAAACAUGAGCAGCGGGGAAGAAUUGGGAACUGGGUUUCUCUAGUUUGGAGGACCUUCAAUAAUGUAACAUAAACGGCGUAGAUAGAUUUUUUUCAUAUUUUAUUUCUUUAUCUAGGUAGUUAAUAUUCAGAUCUUUGACCUGGCCCUGUAGCAAUAACUCAUUGAGAACACAAAAGGUCCUUUGAUAAUUGCAAAAGCCCCAUUUCUCAUAUGUACAGGACAUAUGGUUGGGCAGAAGACCUAUGACGCAGGGGGUAUUUGAUCAUACUUGACAAAGUCCUUGCGUCCUUAAACUGUAAUUAAAAUGUCUUAAUCUUUUUCUUCAUAUUCCUAGGUAUCCUUUGUUUUGUCUCUUUGAUCAAAAUCCCCAAAAUUCAUCUAAUACCUAUUGUAAUAUAUUUUUAAGGUCUAGUACAUAUGUCAUUUUUUAAUUGUUUACUUCUGAUUAAAAUUACCUAAUUCUGUUCAUUUCACCAUCUCACCUUUCUCAUCCAGCACAUGAUAGCGACUUUACUUCUUAGAAAAUUAUUAAAUAAUUGUUAUUUUCUUUUUAACAUUAUGAUUGUUCUCUGUAGUGCAAACUGCAUUAAAACAGAGCAUGCACUCAAGUCUGCGUUUGUUCCUCUUAAACAAGUGGGUGUAAUGAGAAAAGGUUUUUGUCUCUUUUUCAUUAUCAGCAGUAAGCUUUGAAAAAAAUUUUGCACUGAAACUUUCCCUCUCUCUAAAUGGUAAAAUAAGUUCUCUAUAAUAAUUCAUUUAAUGUUACUAAGUAUAAUUAGUGGAUCAGCUGACUCUUUCACUUUAAGGGUGAACUUAAUGGCCUAUACUUGCAAUUGAAUUCCUUAGACAUAAGAAAUUCUUCAGUGCAAAGCUGAUUUUGAAGUUUCUGGAAACAAAGCGCCAAUGUACGGUCAAACAGUAGCUUGAAAUGGAGAAAUAAAGGUGUCACUACGAGAGCUGGCUCGGCACUCCAGUCAGUCAUCCAGUUGGUUGGUCUGUCAUGUCUGAUAAUGAGCUGCAUCUCCUCAACUGUGCAGGCACCUUAAUACAAUCACAUUGAGUUAACAUAUGUCUCUUGUUUAAAGACUUAUUGAGGAGCCAACGCAAGGUUUCACUUUUUAUUGUGGCAGAUGUCUUCCGUACUCAAAUGUAAAUAAAAAGUAGUUUGGCUGUGACAUGGUGAAUUUGAGCGAUUGAGUGUUUGCAAGGGAGAAUGCCGAUCAAGGAAUUCGUGAGUGUGAGUCUUCUGGUGAAUGUUUUAAAAUUUUUGCAUAACACGAUGUCGCAUUAUAUCCUAUUUUUCUACUAUUUGUUUGGGGGGCUAAUUUCCUGUGAAGUCUAUUGUAUGUUGCAUGUUUGUUUUCUAUUUGUAUUAUACUUCUUGUUAUUAAAUCCUUAAUACAAAUAUUUUAACUUGCUCUGUGAUUAGGUAAGCAUUUAUUUUUUUGAAGGACAUAUGAAAUUAAGUACAAAUAUAAUAUAUACUGCAGCUUUGAAUAUCUUCAAGCUUAUCUUCUUUGAUAUAUAAGAACCAACUGUGUUUUCAUUUGUGUUAGUAUUUUUUCUUGUGAUUGAUGAGCUCUCACUACAUAAUUUAAUAUUUUAUUAGCCUUCAGGCCAAAAGUCAAAAGCUCCUCAUAUCAUUUUUUAAAAAUUACAAUACUCUAUCAUGAGUUUUUAGGUACUUUUUGUAGCUUUUCCUCAAUCCAUUUUUAAAUAUCAAUGCCUCUAUUUUAUGUGAUCAAUUUACUUCGGUUGUGCAAUACAAAAUGCAGACUUUAUCACGUGUUGCUUGUUUGUGCGUAAGAUGCGAACAAGGAGGUAAAUGAUGGUUCUAGUAUGACUACUAUUACCCACUCUCUUUCUCUUAUAUGCAAAAGGGUCCUUAAAGGCUAAUUGGUUGUUUUUUAUUCUACUAUGGAUCUGCUGGUUUUGAAGCAAACGUUAGCAUAGGAUGUUGAUUUUUACUUCAUAAGCUAACUAAUGUAGGUAAGAAUUUUGCUACAGCUUCUUGCCAAAGUUCUGCAUAGAGUUGGCAUUCUAUGAAAACAAAAAGGAAAAAAAAACACAUUGUGAUAUUGUACUAUAUGUGAGUGCUACUUUGUGCUAAUGUUAUUACCUGACCUGUAAGUAGUGACUAUGUUUGCAACAUUUGUGUAUCAAAUCUUCUUGUUCCUAUGAAUAAGUUCUUCAAAUUGGCUUUAUGGAGUUUUGAUAAGUGUAUUACCACAUCAUGUUAAAGCAUGAGACCCCUGGUCUCAUGGUUAAAGCUAAGUCACAAAUAAGA